AAAAAUCGCUUUGUUUUUUUCUUUCAAUUUUUUCUAUUAAUGGAACCUGAGCCUCAUCACCUAAGCUUUUCUGCAAAUCUUUUUGACAAUACUUUGUCUUUAGUUAAUAAAAUACAAAAAGGUUCCUCUUUAUAUAUGCAAAACAACCCAUGUGUCUUUCUGGAAAUAUUUUUCUGAAACACCGUUAAAUCAUCGAUUUAGAAAAGAUUUUAGUAAAAGUUAUAUACCGUCCGGAUCGGUUAAUUUCAACUCUACUAUUGUUCUUGUGUGAUUGAAACAUUUCGAUGAGCGAUAAUCUGAUAAAUAAAAGCAAAUUCAUUUUUUUUAUACGUGAUAAAGCGGUCAUAUUAGUCUAAUAUAACAAAGUAAUAUUUAAAAUUUUCUUAGCUAUAUAAUUACCGACAAUGUAAUAUCGGAAAAGGAUACAUUCAUCAAUCAGAUUGAAACUGAACUAUAUUAUUUAUUUAUAUCAUUCUUUUUCGAUUCUAGGUCUCGUUUCCAUCUUGCAAGAAGGAACAACAGAGACAUACAUGGAAUUUUUUGGUAAAGAUUUUGUUCGAUAUUUUACAAAUUAUGGUUACGAUAAAAUAUUGCGUGUCGCUGGUCGACAAUUUCGUGAUUUUUUACGUUCUAUUGAUCAAUUGCAUGACAGUAAUCGAUAUAGUUUCCCGAAAAUGAACAGUCCUGUAUUUCAUGUCACUGAAGAAGAUGAAAAUGGUGUCAUACUUCAUUAUAAAUCAAAACGUCGAGGAUGGACUGCCUUCACUAUCGGUAUACUCAAAGAAUGUGCUAUAAAACUAUUUAACGUUGAUAUCAUUGUUACAAUACAAGCUGAUGAAUCAAGUGAUGAAAGUAAGAUACUUCUUGAUCAGUUGAAUAAGUAUUACUGCUGAAUAAUUUAUUCUCUAUUCACGCGCCGUUCAAGUUUAGAAAUAAACGUUAUUCAGCAUUUACAAUUUUUUUUACUUCUUCAUACAACAAAUUUCUAAAGUACUACUUUAUUUCGAUACACUUUAGGUACUCACCUAAUAUUUCGUAUUGAUUUCAAUAAUAAAGUGAAAUAUAUACGUGGUUUUGAACGACCAAAAUUAC